GAGUAUCCCCAAAUUUUAGCCCAAAAUAUAUUAAACUAUGAAAUUCUUUUAAAAUUUAAAGAUUGGACAAAAGAAAAUGAAAUAGAUAUUAUAAGAAUUAUAGAACAAACAUCUCAGACAGGGAAGGUCAUUUCAUUCUUGAAUCUAAGACAAGCUCAUGUCCUAAUAAAAAGAAAGAAUCAGGAUUAG